UUUCAGGUUGUUUAGGCUCCUCUCUCUCUCUCUCUAAAACUCUCUCUCUCUACUGUACUUUCUCUAAAACUCUCUCUCUCUACUGUACUUUCAUCUGUAAUUCUCUCUGCAAAAAUCUCCAUUAUGAUUAGAAGGAUCUAACAGUUCCAUAACAGAUAUACACACACAUUGCCUCCAAAACCCAUUUCAUCAAACUCAUCAACUCUCAAUAUGGACACAAUGCUGGUUCCACCAUGGCUAGAGCCAUUGCUGAACGCAGGUUUCUUCUCGGUGUGCCGGACCCACGGCGACUCUGCCCGGAGCGAGUGCAACAUGUUUUGCUUGGAUUGCAAUAACCACCACUCAUUUUGCUUCUAUUGCCGCUCAUCAAAACACAAAGAUCAUCAAGUCAUUCAGAUAAGGAGAUCAUCAUACCAUGAUGUAGUGAGGGUAUCGGAGAUUCAGAAGGUUUUGGACAUAAGUGGUGUCCAAACCUAUGUGAUAAACAGUGCUAGAGUCAUGUUUUUGAAUGAGAGGCCUCAGCCAAAGAGUACUGGGAAAGGAGUUUCUCACAUUUGUGAAAUUUGUGGGAGGAGCCUCUUGGACCCAUUUCGAUUCUGUUCAUUGGGAUGCAAGCUUGUAGGAAUAAAGAGAAAUGGGGAUGCAAGCUUUACCUUAGAGGCAAAGAAUGAGGGAGUAUUAAUGGAAAGGACAGGUGAAGGGAUGUCAAGAAGAGGCAUAUCAUCAACAACAACAUCAUCAUCAAGAGAGAGAGAGGAUGAAGAAUUGCGUGAUGCCUCACAACAAGACAUAUACCCGCCCACGCCACCCCCACCUCCUUCUACUGCAAGUAGUAGGAGAAGAAAAGGCAUUCCUCAUAGGGCUCCCUUUGGUUCCUAAUCGCUAAUUAGUUUUAAAAA